GAGUGAAUCGCAGUUUCCAUAUAAGUGCGAGAUAUGGAAAAAGUUAAAACGCCUCUCUCUCUCUCUGCCCAAAUCGCCGGAGCUCGAAACCACCGGCCGGUUAGCAUAGAGACACAUCUCAAUCGUUCUGUUGGUUUUCGAUUAGGGUCUUCCUUUGCGUCUCUAUCGUGUUUGUUUUCUCGGUGCUGCUCGCUCUCUCAAAUAUUAGGGUUUUGGGAUGAAAGUGAGCAAAAUAGAGGUGAACUUGAGGAGGCUGCUUGCAGCUGCUCCUCAGCAACAAAACCAGGCAAAACUUUCGCAUUAUGUUGCUACUUUACAAGAACAAGUAGAACAACUAGCUGAAGAGAGAACAGAGGAAGGCCUACCUAGAGUUUCAAAGGCUGUUUUGAGUGACUAUUCAGAGAAGAUCGAAGCCAUUGCUUUGAAAUUAGCUGCUCCGUCGCCUAAUUUGCAAGAACCCCAGGAGUCCCUCGCAAGAAUAUCAGUCAAAGCAAAGUCACCAGAAAUAGGAGACAAUCAGAGUCCCCAUUCUCCAGGUCUGAGAAGACGAAUUGUGCCCAACUUAAACAUCCAAGAUGGAACUCGUGAGACAUUUGCUGCAGAUUCUUCGCCACCUGUUAAACUUGAUACUGCAGCUCAAGCACAGAUUGAAAAACAUAGACGACUUCAGGAGGAUUUGACUGAUGAAAUGGUUGGGUUGGCGAGGCAACUCAAAGAGACUAGUCUCGUGAUGAGCCAGUCUGUGCAAAACACUGAAAAACUGCUCGACUCUACUGAGGAGGCUGUGGAAAGGAGCCUGGCAAGCACUGGUCAUGCAACCGCACGGGCAUCUGAUAUAUACACAAAAACUUCAAAGACCUCGUGUUUCAUAUGGCUUUUAAUGUUUCUAAUGACAUGUAUAUUCAUCAUGGUUGUACUUUUAAUCCGUGUCACUUAGAGUGUGUAUCGUUAGUAAGAUUGCGUAGGAUCCAUGGUUCUCGAAUACCCUUUCUUAAUUUGUUUGCAAGAACUCCUGGAGACUUUUGUUGACGGAAGAAAGAUCUGACCUUUAAUCU